AUGCCCUCAUUCUGGCCAUGGUCCAAAGACGACUCCUCUGCCGCCUCCUUCGAGAAGGUCCUCAGCCAACUUUCCACUAAGAUCAACCGCGCCAAUGCCACCAACGACAGUCUUCGACAGCAACAACGCCGCUACAAGGUCCUUUGGACACUCUACUCCACCUUCGCUUACAUACUCGUCGCCGCCAUCCUCACGCUUGUGACCGGCUACCAGCGAUGGAGUGCUGUCGAGUACACGGCCAUUGUCGGCAGUCCUGUGCUCAUCUUCGGAAUUCGGACUGGGCUGGAUGCGCUGUUCAGCUGGCGGAUCGCAGCGUCGCAGAAGCAGUUGGAGAGCCUGUAUGCGGAGCGAGAGAAAGCCAUCAGGAAGCUGAAGGAUUCGACCAAGUACGACCGGACGCAGCAGUUGCUAGACAAGUACGGUGGCACGCCGGCAAGGAAGAGCCAGCCUCCUCCUGAACUAAGCAAGAAGCGCAAGUCAGAUGUUGGGCCUGGACGGCAGGGUGCACCGCAGGGCCCAAGGACAGGCUUUGCGCCGCCGCCUACUGCGAACAUCCAACGGCCGCCAACCGCGCCACAGCCGGAUGCUUUCCCACGGACGAUGACCGGACUCGCACCUGACGCGGCAGCGUUGAUGCAGUCGCCAAAUGGACCUGGAGAGGAGUUCGCGCCGAACGCUUUUCCGAUGCCAUCACGACAGCCUCCUGCGAUGCGUCACAGUGCGUCACAGCAGUACUCGGAAGGUCCGAAGUGGUACGAUCGUAUCAUGGAUGUCGUGUUGGGCGAGGACGAGACGCAAGCGAAGAACCGCAUUGCGCUGAUCUGUCAGAACUGCAGGCUGGUCAACGGACAAGCACCGCCUGGUGCACGUACGUUGGAAGAUGUGGGGCGGUGGAGGUGUAGUAGCUGUCAAGCUUGGAACGGGGUGGAGAGCGAGGAAAAGAAGAUGCUGAGGCAUAUUGCUAAUGAGUCUGAGGAGCAUUCGCCGCGGCCUGGUGGGUCUGGAGUGGAGCAUGACCAUGACCAUGACCAUCAGACUGAACAUGACGACAACGGCGACUUUGAGCACAUUGAUGAAGAGGUCGGAGGUGAAGACGAGGCCGAGCCGCUCGAGGAGGUGACAGAGCACACUCCGCCAGCAGCCUCGACGCGUAGCAAAGCUCGGCAGAGGAAGAAGGCCUGA